UCAUAUGAAUAUCAAUUCUUGAACCGCGUUUAGCACAAUCGAGUUCAAACAGAUCCUUCAGUAUCAUCAGUUAGCAAUAUGGCACCCAAUGGAGAGUGUUUGCCUAGUUCAAUCUCUAGAAACAGCAGCAACAUGUGCAAACCUCCAAGGCUUUCAAAUGAUCACAUUCAAAGAACGAUCUCAGACAUCUCGUUUGAGCUAACCAAGGAAGGGAUUGAUCUGUCGCUUCAACCUAUAACUGAGGUUAUGGAUGCCAAGUGUGAGUGCUGUGGAAUGUGCGAGGAGUGCACUCCUGAGUACAUAGAGCGUGUGCGUGAGAAGUUCUUGGGGAAGUGGGUGUGUGGUUUGUGUGCUGAGGCAGUGAAGGAAGAGUUGGAGAAAAAUGGUGGGAAGAAGAAGGAAGAGGCAUUGAGUUCACACAUGAGUGCAUGUGUGAGGUUCAACAAAUAUGGAAGGGCUUUCCCAGUUCUGUUCCAAGCUGAGGCCAUGAAAGAGAUGCUCAAAAGGAACAAAAUAGAUAACAGAAGGGCCAAGUCCUUCAACCCUAGAGACAAAGGAACACAAAACAAAGGAAUUGCUAGAAGUUCAAGUUGCAUUCCAGCUAUCACAAGAGAGAUGAAUGGUCUCACAAUGGCCAAUUAGUUUCUAUUAACCCCUUAUUACUGUUCUAAUCAUUAGUUAAUUCCUAUGUAUGCGAAGGGAACAUGGUUUUGAUUCUCUCAUUAUUUACCUGUUUAUUAUUUUUCCUACUGACUAAUGACUGUUCCAAGUUCUAGGGGAAGAACAUGGCCCUAUGUUUUCAUGGAAAGAAUAUUGAAGGCCAAGUUGUGUUCUUUUGAGUCCAAGGUUUUCUGGGUAACCUCUCACAGCAUUCUGGUUUUUGGAAGCAGGUCCUUCUGACUUGACUUCUUCUCUGUGUUUUUUUUCAGUUGUGAGGGUUGUGCCUGGUUUUUGGUCAGUGGCUUUUCUUGUUUGAAUCAUUCAAUGUAAUGUGUUCUACUAUUUUCAGUAUUAUUAUCGAAUAAAAUUUACUUUGAUGCA